UUGAGUAUCAUUGUCUGACGUCUGACUUCAAUCACAAAGAUGCAGCGAGACAGACUUGGUCAGCGGGGUGGAGCUAGGAUCACGGCCGAGGAGUACAACCACUCACUCAGCAAACUCGUCAGCACGAAGAGGAGGGUUAAGCCAAGUCGUAAGGCGGCAUUCAUGGCCGCCUUUCCAGUCAAAGCCUCGCCAAGACUCCAUCCUGAUGAAGAGGGAGCAUCCGUCCUGCCACUGAAAGAGGCGUCAAUAACUGACUCAGGACACAGCACAACUCCGAACACAAACGAAACAACCAGCAAUCCUGAAGUGAAUAGGCCCGUUGGAGUGAGACAUAAAUUGCAGAUUUUUGUCCAAGGUCUCCUCGUACCAAAGACAUUAUGCCUGCAGCUGGAUCCAGAGACAUCCGUAUCAGCUUUAAAGGCACACAUUCAAGCUGAGAGUGGUAUCCAGCCCCAAGAUCAACACCUUUACAUCGGGAGAAACUUUCAGCUUUGUGACCUUCUCUCCAUUCGCGACCAUGGGAUACAACAAGACCAGAACAUCAAGCUUCGCACAGGCGGCUUGCUGGGCGGUGGACCAUUAGGAGAAUACUUCUCCAAGUUAUCACACAAGCUUGGACACUCAUGGAAGCCGCUCGCCCGAAAAUUGAGUUUCGAUGAAGGAGAAAUCUUCGCCUUCCAAGACAACGACAGGGGAAACUUACAUGAACAAAUCUUCCAGAUGUUAGAUGCUUGGUUGAAGAAGCAGGACAUCCCCGCAGACGCCCCUGAAAAGCUGAGAGUCGCUCUGAAAGCUGUGGGCCGUGCUGACUUGGCAUCACAAGUACAAGAUACCUGGUGGAAGAAGCAGGACAACCCCGCAGACACAACUGAGAAGAUGAGUGACGCUCUGAGAGAGGCGGGCCGAGCUGACUUGGCACCGCAAGUACAAGAUACUGCAGGGACUUAUUUUGAUGUUGAAGAGUGUGCAAGAGAACUAGCAGCGCAUUACCUAGGGACGAUGAAAGUGACGACACAUCCCAAAGAGAAGCACAUGGCUAGAGACAUAGAUGACAUCUGCAUCAACCUUCAGCUACUGCAAGAGACGAACGUGCCAUCUCCUGUCUCCUCAUCGGAGGCACAUUUGCAGGCGGAAACUGGCAGUCAAGCGGAGUAUCCGAAAGCUUCGAUAAGAAAUGAGGUUUCUCUGCAAAGAGUAAAGGAUGCACAAUGCAAGAACGGAAUUGACUUGAACGAUGUACUAUCGUUCAAGUCACUCAAGUCGUGCAAGGUCGUAGUCACAAGCCGACAGAAGACGGCAAUAUGCACAUACACCUGCAUACGACUGCUGGAAACCGUUACAGACUUCAAACACUUCUGGUCGUGGGUGGAUGAUACAGAGCGACGCGACGGUGGCACAGUCUUAGCCUGGAAAGCUCUAGGCUCCAUGAAGUCAGUCUUAGGAGGUCAAAUGGAAGCAAAAGCUGAAGGUUUGAUUCUUAAUUAG